AUGGAACAAUCACGAGAUAGAGCUGGUGGUGGAUCUGUUAACAGUCCUCCAUGGUUUGAUGGAGGAUGUGAAAAGUAUACUCAAUGGAAGAUAUACAUGAAAUCAUAUUUGUAUGCUCAAGAUGAACAUGUAUGGAAUAUUGUGGAAAAUGGCUGGAAGACACCUAUAGUUCCAGCUAAAGGUGAGGGUUCGUCUGCCUCCAUUCCUAAACCACGAAAGGAUUGGACUGAUGAGGAAGUACGUGAUCUUCAAGCUAAUUUCAAAGCAAAAAAUAGCAUCUUUACUGCUCUAUUUGAACGUGAAAAACGUGAAAAGCUGAGGAUCAGUCAUUGUGAUACUACAAAGCAAGCUUGGGAUCUGCUGCAAACUACAUAUAAAGGCAACAAAAAGGUAUGUGCACAAAAACUACAAGGUGCCCCUUUUGAUGAAGAUAAGGUUGUUAAGAAAAUUCUUAGGGCCUUGCCUGAGAAGUUUCAUUCUAAGGUCACUAGCAUUGAGGAUUCUUUUGAUAUUGAUGAAUAUCCACUGGAUGAACUUAUUGGAAAUCUCAAAACGUAUGAACUAAGGCUAAAACCUGAAAAGAAAUCCAAAGGUGUAGCUUUCAAGGCCGUAAAAGGGACAGAAGAGGAGGAUGAACCACUUGACCUUGCUCUUCUGACUAAAGAAUUCAAAAAUUUCCUUAGAAACAAAUCUUCUUCUCGAAAUUUCAAUACUCCCAAGAAAAACUUUGUCAGUAGUGGUAGCAGUGAUAACAAUGCUAAAAGUGGGAAAGGAAAUAAUUCUGGAAAAAUUAAAUGCUAUGAAUGUGGUGGCCAUGGCCAUAUUUCUACUGAUUGUGGUAACAGGAAGCAUGGAAGUAACAAUAACAAAUCUCUUCUCUCGACAUGGAGUGAUGAUGAAACUCAAGAGGCUGAAAAUGUAGCUUUCGUAUCAUCUUUCUCACUUGAUUCUGAAAGUGAUGAAAGAUUCUCAGAUGACGAGACCACUAUUUGCUGCAAACAACUCUAUAAAGCAUCAAAAGCCACAUUGCUAAAAAAUGCAAGCUUGGAAGAUGAAGUUGAGAUAUUAAAGGCUGAGAAAGACAAGUUGGAGCAGCUCAAGAACAAAAUCAAGAUGCUUGAACUUGAGGAAGAACUGAAGUCCACUCAAGAGAAGUUCACAAAGUUUGAGAUAAGUUCUGGAACUACAUCAAAGUUAUUUAGUUCAGGAAAAGCCCAUCAUGAUACAUUUGGACUUGGAUAUUCGGGAGAAGGUUCCAAAAGUACAUGCUUUGUGAGAGAAACGAAUCCAGUAGUGGGGCAAGGUGAUUCAGUCACUAAGGUCAUCAAGGACACUACCACAAGACCCAGGACAAAAGUUGACAAGGAACCGAAACCUCUUCAGAAUGUCACUCAGGUAAGGAUGGACCAGGAAACUUCAACUGGUCAGAACAGUACAUAUAUUACUUCAUCACAUAUUGAUGCAACCUGCCUGGUAGCACUGACUGCCUUGGCAGAAAAGCGAAAGGAUUUCUGGUAUAUGGACAGUGGUUGCUCCAAACACAUGACUAGUGACAGGUCUUGGUUUUCUUCAUUUCAAGAUGAAUGCACCACGGGCUCAGUUACUUUUAGUGAUGGGAGGAAAGCUAAAAUUCUUACACGAGAUCCUGUCAAUACUCAAGGAAUUCCUAAUCUCAAAAAUGUCUUGUAUGUUGAAGGUUUAACUGCUAAUCUAAUAAGUGUCAGUCACUUGGCUGAUGAUUAUGAGGAUGUUUGGUUCAAAAAGCAAAGAUGUGUGGUCCUCGAUAAAAAGGGUGAAAAUAUUAUGGGAGGUAUAAGCACAAAUCUCUGGGUUGAAGCAAUUAGCACUGCAUAUUACACUAUCAACAGAGUCUUCUUGAGACCUAGUACUGAACAAACAACAUAUGAGCUGUGGAAGGGUAAGAAACCUAACAUAGGGCAUUUUCGUGUUUUCGAAAUUCCAUGCUAUAUCUUGCGAGAUCGAGAGCAACUAGGUAAAUUUGAUGCAAGAAGCAAUGAUGGUAUUUUUCUUGGAUACUCUGUUAAUAGUCAAGCAUAUAGAGUUUAUAACAAAAGAACUAAAAUUGUUAUGGAAUCUAUUAACAUAUCUAUUGAUGAUCAUUAUAUUAGACAGGCGGAUGUUGAUGUAGAUACAUCUUCUCCUUCAAGCUCAGUCCCACAAGACAUGUCAAAAACUGAUGAACAGGAAGAACAUGUUGACAGCAUUUUUAAGCCAGCUCCUGUAAUAAGAAGAGGGUUCAAGCAAGUCCAGAAGGAUCAUUCCAGUCAAGAUGUCAUUGGAAAAUUGUCAGAUGGUCUCAAAACUAGGAAGCCAACCAGCUACACAGAAAAUCUGAUCACUAUGAAUAUUAUAUCCCAAUGUGGUUUUGUUUCUCUCAUUGAACCAAAAAAUAUCAAGGAAGCCUUGUUGGAUGAUGACUGGAUUAGAGCUAUGCAGGAAGAGUUAAAUCAAUUAACUAGGAAUGAUGUGUGGAACAAAGCUAGGUUAGUGGCUCAGGGUUACUCACAGGUUGAAGGUCUUGAUUUUGAUGAAACUUUUGCUUCUGUUGCUAGAUUAGAAUCUGUGAGACUGCUUCUGGCUGUAGCCUGCCAUCUAAUAAGAUUCAAAUUGUUUCAAAUGGAUGUUAAAACUGCCUUCCUGAAUGGGAUACUGCAGGAAGAAGUUUAUGUGGAACAACCUCAACGUUUUAAAGAUCCACAUAAUCUGGACCAUAUCUACAGACUCAAGAAAGCUCUGUAUGGGCUGAAGCAGGCUCCUUGA